AAAAAAAAAAGAAAGACAACGAAGAAAGUGUCUCUGUGUGUAAAUCACUUUGCUUUAGUUUUGCCUCCCAUCGACUUUUUUACUUUCCUCUCUUCUCACGAAAAUUUCGCGAUCGCUCGAGAUGGAUCUACCAUCUUCCGCUGCUUCUUGAUCUCUUCUUUUAGGGGAUCACUUGGUCUGAUUUUUUUCCAGUUGUUUGUCAUUUGGGAUAUAUCUAAGCGCUCUACUUCACAGCUUGGAGAUUGGACUUGUUUUGAAUUGUAGCUCUUUCAUGAUGGAGGACACCAGGUCAGUUGCUUCCCUCAUGGACUCCACGUCAUCCAAGAUCCAGCAGCUUCAAAAGGCCUUUGCCGAACUCGAAAGCCAGCGCGCCGUAACAUUCAACCUCAAAUGGAACGAACUCGAGGAGCAUUUCCACGGUCUGGAGAGGUCCCUGAAGCGACGGUUCCACGAGCUCGAGGACCAAGAGAAAGAGUACGAAACCAAAACAAGGAAAGCUCAAGAGCUAUUGGAGAAAAAGAAAGCAGCUGUUGAAGCCAAGGAGAAGGCGUCUCUAGAGAGGCUUCAGAAGAAGAGAGACGCAGCUGUGUUUGCUAUCAACACUGCUUUGGAUAAGUACAACAACAAUAACGCUCCCAACAUCAGUGCAAAAGCCUUUGCUGCUGAGGAUGAGAAUCUUGAUGGUACUGUGCAAGAUGCUGAGAUCUCACCUGUGAAGGCUUAUCCAGAGUUGGUGAAGCUGUGUGAGGAUAUGGACUCAGCAGGGCUUCAUAAGUUUGUAUCAGACAACCGUAAGAACCUUGCAUUAUUAAAGGAGGAGAUUCCUGUGGCGUUAAAGGCAGCAGCUAACCCGGCUAGUUUAGUGUUGGACUCUUUGGAAGGGUUUUAUCCCACAACCAGUGAUGGGAAGAAAGACGCUAACCUCUUGGGAAUGCGGAGGACAUGUAUCAUGUUGAUGGAGUGCCUUAGCGUGCUGUUAUCAGGUCUAGACAGCAACUCUCUUGUUGCUGUUCUCUCGGAAAGUGUUAAGGAUAGAGCAAAAGGUGUUGCAGACGGAUGGAGUCAACUGCUGGAGAGUCUUGACAUGGAUGGUGGCAAUGGUAACUCUUUGGAGGCUCAUGCUUUCUUGCAACUACUGGCGACUUUUUGUAUUGUUUCGGAUUUUAAAGAGGAUGGAAUCUUGAAGCUGAUCCCUAUGGUUUCACGUCGCCGUCAGGCAGCUGAGCUUUGCCGGUCUCUUGGAUUGUCUGAAAAAAUGCCUGGUGUGAUUGAAGUUCUGGUGAACAGUGGUAAACAGAUUGAUGCUGUGAACUUGGCAUUUGCGUUUGGACUCACAGAAAAGUUCCCACCUGUUGAGUUACUUAAAUGCUACUUGACUGAGGCAAGUAGAUCUUCCUCCCAAGGCAAUGCAUCUCCUGCUGUUCAGGAUGAGUUCAGUGAGCGGGAGCUUACAGGUCUUAAAGCUGUGAUAAAGUGUGUGGAAGAGCAUAACCUGGAAGAGCAGUACCCGGUUGAGCCACUACACAAAAGGAUUCUUCAGCUGGAGAAGACCAAAGCAGAGAAAAAGAGAGCAACAGAACCCACAAAGCCUCAGACAAAGCGACCACGUGGUCCUCAACCCCGAGUCACUGACAACAACAACAACAAGACAGGAUAUGGUAGAGUCAUCCCUGAGAGGUAUCCGCAGUAUGUGUAUGACAACAGACAGUUCCUUAGCGGUCCAAUCAUGGCAGCACAGGCUCCUCCUCCUCCUCAGACUUACACUUUCAGUCCAGCUGCUGCUCAGGGGAACUUCUACGGGAACUGCUAUCAGUACCAGGCUCCUCCUUACUUUCACUAGUGAUAAUGGUGAAUGUGACUGUGACUUUUUCUCUCCUAUGGUGUUAACUAGUGGCAGCUCCUUAACCCCCCCUCUCCUACUAGUCGUUUUCCUUUUGAUGUUAUUGUUGUGUAUGGAUGAUUUUAGUAUUUUUAAGGAUCAACCUACCCAAAGCAAAAAAUACUCAGAAUUUUAUUUUAAUUAUAUAUUUACUGUUGUAAUGUUUUCUUU